ACGCUUGCUCGCGCCCUGCUCGCGUUCAGCACGGCUCGAAGCUCCUGCGCAAUGGCACAGCAACAAUACUUGACCGACGAGGAGAUCAAGCAUUUUGUCGACGACCUAGAUCACGACAAGAACGGUACCAUCGACUACUGGGAAUUGGAGAAAAAGCUCGACCAAAUUCACCAGGAGCUUGCCCCGAAAGCAGAGCCACACCACCUCCACCACGAAUCGCGAGAUGACGACGCCCGGCACAAAUUCUUGCGAAGCCUUACCUCCAGUGAAGACAAUCGAGACAAGAUCCCGCGUGCCGAAUUCGAGGGAUACGUUCGACAAUGGAAAAUCCCGUCUCUGGAGCAGGAUCGCAAAGAGGCAAAAGAGGAGGACGAAUACUUCAAAAACAUAUCCAUGUGGCGGCGUCUCCGAGCGUACUGGGCUGUCAAAGGGCCAUCCAUAAUGUUCAUGACACUGGUGAUAGGUGUCAUGUUGGCUUUUGGGGUCUGGCAGCUUGUCAAAUACCUCACACGCGAAGAGUACCGGCCUGCAUUUGGCUGGGGAGCCGUCUUUGCCAAAACUAUGGCUGGAUUUAUCUAUCCCACCUUCUUCUUUAUCAUUCUCUCCAUGUCUCGUUGGUUUUCGACUUUCUUGCGCAGGUUCUACUUUAUCUCUAGGUUCAUCAAUUGGGAUUUGUCGCAGUCAUUUCAUAUCAAGAUGUCCACAGCAGGCCUAUGCUUUGCGACAUUGCACGCCAUUGGCCAUCUCUCCGGGUCAUUCGUUUUCGGGAGCAUGUCCAGUCGCCAGCAAAACGUUGCCGUCGUCCUCGGCGAGGAUGCCAUCCCGCGCCGAUACAUCGACUACGUGCAGACCCUGCCGGGAUGGACGGGCUUGACUGCCCUGGGAUGCUUCUACCUGCUCGCUUCUCUUAGCAUGCCGCAAAUCCGGAAGUGGAGUUACGAAGUGUUUCAGCUUGGCCACUUGCUCAUGUUCCCCAUCAUCGCACUCAUGAUGGCUCAUGGCACCAAAGGUCUUCUACAAUGGCCCAUGUUCGGCUAUUGGCUAGCCUUUCCCACGCUUCUUGUUGCCGCCGAGAGAAUUACCCGCUUCUCCCUCGGCUUCUUCCCCCUUCUCGCAGAUCUUGCAAUUCUCGACGAAGAGACAGUCGCUAUCACGUGCAACAUCCCGAAAUUCCGAUUUUGGCCGUACAAGGCUGGCCAAUACGUCUUUGUCCAGGUCCCACAGAUAUCUUUCUUCCAGUGGCACCCGUUCACUGUGUCCACGUGUACCGGCAACACGAUGCAGGUCCACAUCAAAGCUGACGGCGACUGGACAAAAGCGUUGCAAAAGUUGGCGAGUGUAGGAUCACGCACAACCAUCAAGGUCGGCAUCGACGGACCCCACGGCGCACCCGCGCAACGCUUCUACGACUUCGAAUACAGCAUGGUCUUCGGCGCUGGCAUCGGCGUAACACCCUUCUCAGGCGUCCUGACCGACCUUCAAACUCACGAACUCGAGCGCUGUUCAACGCGCGAGAACGAACCCUCUCCUUCAUCUUCCUCCUCCAGCCCAAACACAGACAGCGACAACGACAACCCCGCCCCCACCAAACCCAACUCCGAAUCUCCCUACAAAGACCACCGCCGCAUCGAUUUCCAUUGGAUGGUCCGCGACCGAAACAACCUCCUCUGGUUCUCCGACCUCCUUAACGAAGUCACGCGCGCCCAGUCGCGCGAUAGCACGCACCUCGAUAUCCGCAUCCAGACAUACGUCACCCAGAAACGCAAGCAAAUUUCCCAGCACGUAUUCCGCUGGCUUCUAGAAUCCCACCGCACUUCUUCCCACCCGAAAUCCCCACUCACUGGACUGCUAAACCCUACGCAUUUCGGACGGCCCGAGCUUGGGGUCAUCAUGGAGGAACAUUAUCAGGAUAUGUGCAAAGAGCUUGUGCAAAGGAUGGAGAGCAGCGGGGAGAAGUGGGAUGGUAUGGGCGACAGAGAUGAGGUAAAGGUUGGCGUGUUCUUUUGCGGACCUCCCGUUAUUGGGCAGCAGCUUGCGGAUCGGUGUGCAAGUCUGACUGCGCGGGGGAGAGCAGAGGGUAAGAAAGUGGAGUAUCAUUUCAUGAUGGAGGUAUUUGGGUAA